AUGGCGACUCUCGACAUACGUCAACGGGCUCUGGAGAAAAUCGCAGCCUUGUCGGCUGCGACCACCACUGCCGCGUUCGAAAAGUCGGACCUUGAUCGCUUGUGCAAAGCAUGUCCAAGCCAUGCCAAAGCGCCAUCCAACGCCAACGGAUACGCUUCUCGCUCUCUGGCGGGACGCGUCCCCAUGACCAUUCGAGAAUUCGAGGUUCUCCUGGCUCUCUGCAAAGCCGCGCCCCUUGUCCGGUCAGGCCAAAGUGCUCAGCGACUUACACGGCAGCUUCUUCCUUACAUUCUCGACUCUCACGUCCAGACAUUCGUCCCAUCGCCGUUCUUCCGCCGUGUUGAGCCUUCUCCGACAGAGUCCCUCUCCUUCCACGUCACCGCGGCUUUGCUCUCCCUUGGCAUCCACCACAAUGACGUCCACGAGGCUGUGUCUGACAACGUCUGGGCAUUCCUUAAUGCCUGUGCCCGCACGACCGACACUAUUCUUCCACCCUCCGCCUCGUCAUCUCGUAUCUUAAACGGAAAUGGUAGUAGCAGCAACGUGAACAGUAGCAUCGCCAGCGAUGCAGGUGAAGACGAUGGCAACCUCGACGACGCCAUCCGCACCGCGACGAUCGCCGUGGCUCUUCUUGGUUUCCUUGAUGCCGCAGCUGCACAAGCUGACUUCUGGCGUUCCGGCGGCCGUCUAGCUUUGGUGUCACGUCUACGCAAAGUUGUCUCGGAGCCUUUCCUUGUGGCAGUCGAGACCGCAUUUUCCACCAUCCGCAACUCAGACUCUACCAACCGACUGGUCAAGGAAUGGAAUCGCCACUUGCGCCACUACUGGGAGAUGGGCCGGCCACUGGGUGCCAUGCUCCUGCAACAGAGCUUUAUGCACCUGCUCGUGGCAGCCACGUCGCUGCUUGUGGCCGAGGUGCCAGCCUUGAAGCGAACGCAAGUGCUUGACCUCCUUCUUUCCGGCGAAGGCCUUCUCCGCCCAAUUAGCGCGCGCAGCGGUGAUGCCGACUAUCAGUCAGUAGAAAUCUUCGCGAACGCCGUCGUCGAUCAUAUGAAUUACCUCGAGGCUAGCUCCGACUUUGUAAGCAUGGGCUCGGCCGCCCAGCUCAAGCUUGCGUUCUCCAUCCGCAGCUCCGCCUUGAUCGGCUACCUGAACUGCUCGCGCCUCAAUGAGGAUGCUGCCGAUGCCGACAUCCUAAUGGGAUGGCUGGAGAAGUCUCUCGUCGACCCGGCGCAGAUGGCAGACGACGAACUAUCUUCUGUUGUGCUCAAGUCACUCGCACUCAUUUGCCGCAUUUCACCCGAGUACGCUGCCAAUGUCAGCAAACUGCUACCUCGCUACAUCGUUCAAAGUGGUGCCCGCGGCGUGUCCAUUGACAUUGCAUCGGCUGGCCUGGCCUCUGUCCUUCGCAUGCUGUCAACGGAUGCUAUUAUCACGACCAUCUACACUCUGGGUAAUGUUCUGAGCACCGGCAAUGAGCACUCAUUGGCUGAUGGAGCAUCCGGCCUCAGCUCCAGCGACAACAAUCUCGAUUCAGUUGCCCAAAUCUACCAGGGCCGCCAAUCGACUGGCAGCUCAAUCUCCCUGCAAAUGAACAACGAAGAAGACACGUCCGUCAUCUAUGGCAAUGUGGUGCAGGCGAUCUGCGGCAUCGCUAGUGCUUGCAAGGACCCCAAGAUCACCGCUCUGGCGCAAUCCAUGCUCCUUCAAAAAAUUGAUAAGAUCAACACCACGGUUGACACCAAGAUCAUACCGGCCGCCGCCAUACUCGCUCUGACCGGUGGUCAGCUCGAAUUUCGAUCGCUUCUCAAGACUUUUACGCGCAUCUGCCACGUUGCUAUAGUCGAAAACAGGCCCAGCCUGCUCACUGCCGUCAUGAACGCUCGAAAUCACAUCUCAUCUCAUGUCGAGAAAGACUCGCCGCUCUAUGACAUAUAUUGGGAGCAUAUGCUCGACGAUGUCAUAUCCAAAGGCGACGUCCACCAGACGCACCAUGCCAAGGAGUCAGACAUUGAGUUGGCUGCCGGCGAAAUCUCUGAGCUCCUGCAGCCGCUGGCCGUAUUCAUGUCGGCAAACGAACUUGCCCUCUACGGGGCGGUCGACGACGACGCACAUGCAAUGAUCCGCGAUGCUUGGUUCAAUAUUGUUGUCCAUGGCUUCACACCGCUUAGCCCACGGGGGAAGAAAUACAUUAAUGAGCUGCGUGUUAUGGCCGUGCAUUCGCCACCACUGGUGGCAGAACAGCGUGGCGAGCAGGUCGAAAGCGACAUCGAAUUGAAUACCGUGCUCCGUCGCGGCAUGAGCUCGGAGCGCGAGGCAAUGCAGAAAAAGACCCUUUCAGAACUUGUGCCUGGUAAGGCGUCCGAAAUUCGGAGUCUGAGCUAUCGAAAGGUCAUCUUUUUACAGUCUGCUUAUCUUGUCGAAAGCCUUCGCGCCGAUGCUGGUGACUGCACCAAAGCCCUGUCUUACUUCCUAGAGCCAAGCAUGCGUCGCGGCGAUGUAAGCGGCAUCAUGGAAGGCAUAACCUCGGUUGUCGUCGACAAGUACCUUAGAAAGACGCUCUCUGGCACCGACGUCAGCUUUUCGGCCCAAUAUGCUGCCUCCCAACUAGCAGCUAUUUUCUGCAGCUGCUGUCAUCGCAUUGAGCGCGUCCAACAAGCAUCAUAUAUAUGUGCUGACCGCAUCAUCCGUGAUGUACCCUCUGCGCUCUGCCACCGGUCCUCGUUGUUUGCGCUGCUUGAGCUACUGUCGCUGAUGUGGAUGAGCUGCCUCGAAUCCGAAACCGACAUGUACGCCCCUAACAACACGUUCACGUCAGCCCGCGGCAAUGUCACCGUCGAGCUAUCUGACGAUUACAGCCUUCGCCAUGUUACCCUGAAUACGCUGUACAGAAAGGCAAAGGCCUGGGUAUCCGGUGUUAUUGGCCUGGCACCGGCAGAUGUUAAAGGUCUGCUUCAGACCUAUCUUUCGGAAUGGGACGAUGACGGCGCCUAUGGCCAUAUCUCUCUUGGCCGCUCUUUUGCUAUGGAAAUGGGCUUUUCUAUUCCCGCCACCGACCAGCGCAUGACCUCGCUUGACCGCUUUGGCGAGAUUGGCAUCAACUCUGCGUCUAAUUUCAUUGCACAAUACACGUCACGCCAGGAGUACCGCUAUGCAGAGCCACUUCCUGACCACAGCAUGGAGUGGCUCUCGUUUAUCCGCAUAGACCGACGGUCUUCGUUCCUACCAAACACCGAUUCCGAGAGCGCCGAUGCUGUCAGCGCCCUUGCCCAUAUUGAAGAGCGUGUUCUUCUUAGAAAGCCGACAAAGCUUGGCGACAUUCAGAGUAUUCUCCGGCGUGCCGCGUCGCUUCUCUGCCGCUGUCAGGGUGACCAGAAUGCCAUUGUGCAAUACUUGGUCAGUAUUCCCUUUGCCAUGUUCAGUAAGGCAUCCAUCAAGCUGGGUGUGUCUCUCUGGCUGGGCGUCAUGCAUGAAAGCCCUCGUAUGGAGCCACGUAUCCUCAGCGCUGUGCUGCAGCACUGGGAGGUCAGCAUCCAGAGGCGGCAGGGUCUCUUCAACCCGGCCGUAACCGACCCAGAUCCGUUCUUUGUCGAGAUGCAGUUUGCACCAACUGACAGCGCCUCUGUGACGAAGCGUGGCCAGCAUGUGCACAAUCUGCUUGGCCCUCAUACCCGGCUGUUGCAGUUCCUCCAAAGCCACUUCAAUGCUACUCGCCUGGGUAGUGUUGACGUCCAAAAGAGCUUCCUACGCAUGCUGGAUGUAACGCUUGACGCAGUUAAGACCACCGGCAAACCGCAUCCCAUUGCGCGCGAGUUGUGGUUCCAAAUCAUUCUUUUUGGCCUCCGCGUCUUGCGCUUCAGUUCUACGAUCAGCUCUAUCGCCCAGUGGCGACUCAAGGACAAGAUUUUAUCGGCGGCCCUCAGCUGGUUCUCUGGCACGCUCAAAUGGUCCUUUGGCAGCAGCAAUCUACAACUCAAAACCGAGAUCCGUCUUCUUUCGGACGUUCUAGCCGCUGUGAAGGCUGUGUCGUUUAUUGGCUCGCACCAAGGGACCACAGCAACUAAAUCAUUGCAGGCCAAGGAAGACCUGCUACUGUUGCUGCUGGAGAAUGAGCAACUGAGACUCUCUGUUUGGGCAUAUCCUUUAAAUGAGCCCAGCAAGGCCCAAUCUCACAUGGCUGUCAACCACGGAAUCAAUAACACGAAGGGUGUCAUUGAGAAUAUUAUUCCUCUGAUCCGGACAGCUUGGCAGGAAAGCCCUUCUUUAGCCAUUGAACUUGCGACGCGCUUCCAAAACUUGCGGGUCCAUAGAGAGGUCCGAUGGCUGCUACUGAACUUCCCGUCCAAGGCCAUUGAUGAGCCAGAUGCGCUUCCCAUCCUUCUCGAUGGUGCUCUGCCUCAUGAUGUUAGCUUCCAGCUGAAGUAUCUCCUCUAUUGGGCUCCUAUCAACCCAAUCACAGCCGUGACCUACUUCAUGCCGUCAUAUGAGUACCACCCAUAUCUCAUUCAAUAUGCUAUGCGUGCACUCGAGAGCCACUCCGUGGAUAUCACAUUCUUCUACGUUCCACAGAUCGUUCAGACGUUACGGUACGAUGCGCUGGGUUAUGUUGCGCGGUACAUCUUGGAGACGGCACAGUUUUCGCAGCUGUUUGCCCACCAGAUAAUCUGGAACAUGAAAGCGAACGCCUACAAGGACGAUGAUGCGCAGAUUCCCGAUGCUAUCAAGCCAACCCUCGAUGGUGUCAUGGCACGUAUGACCACAUCCUUCUCCCCCGUUGAUCGCGAGUUCUACGAGCGCGAAUUUUCCUUCUUUGACGAGGUCACGAGCAUCUCCGGCAAGCUUAAGCCCCUCAUCAAGCGAUCCAAGCCGGAAAAGAAGCAGAAGAUCGAGGAGGAGCUACGCAAAAUUAAGGUGGAGGUCGGUGUAUACCUGCCGAGCAAUCCAGACGGUGUCGUCAUUGGCAUCGAUCGCAAAUCGGGCAAACCGCUCCAGAGCCAUGCCAAGGCGCCGUUCAUGGCCACGUUCCGCAUCAAAAACCCAAAGGCAGCAAGGGUCAACGGAAAUGCCGCCUCCGCCGUCGCCAACGGAACAGGCAAUAACAGUACUGCACUUGUCAAAGUGGCUACUAACGGCAGCCCCCAUGGCAGCGGUGUUUCUGGUGCCAAUGUUUCUGGUAGGCACGGCGCCUUAGCACUCGAAAACACGGUUGAGGUGUGGCAGUCGGCCAUCUUCAAGGUCGGCGACGAUUGUCGUCAAGACGUUCUAGCACUCCAGAUGAUCGCGGCAUUCCGUGGCAUUUUCCAGAGUGUUGGCCUUGACGUCUUUGUUUUCCCCUAUCGAGUCACUGCCACGGCACCUGGCUGUGGUGUGAUUGACGUUUUGCCAAAUUCUGUGUCGCGUGACAUGCUGGGCCGCGAAGCAGUGAAUGGCCUUUACGAUUACUUCAUUUCCAAGUAUGGCAACGAAGACGCCCUGCGGUUCCAGGCGGCGCGGAACAACUUUGUCAAGAGUAUGGCAGCAUACUCUGUAAUUUCGUUCCUACUUCAGUUCAAAGAUCGCCACAACGGCAACAUCAUGAUUGACGACGCAGGCCACAUCCUGCACAUUGAUUUUGGGUUUUGCUUUGACAUCGCGCCCGGUGGAAUCAAGUUUGAGCGUGCACCGUUUAAACUGACUUCGGAGAUGUUAGCAGUCAUGGGCGGCAGCACGGAUCAGCAGGCAUUCCAGUGGUUUGAGGAGUUGUGCAUCAAGGCGUUCUUGGCCUCACGACCGUAUGCGGAGAAACUGUCGCAGAUGGUGCUACUAAUGAUGGAUAGCGGGCUGCCGUGCUUCAAACCUGAGUCAGUCAAGCACUUUCGCGAGAGAUUUGUGCUUGAGAAGACGGAGAGAGAAGCUGCGGAAUUCAUGCGGGACCUGAUCAAGAAGAGUUAUGCAAGCUACUCGACUGGCCUGUACGACCAGUUCCAGUGGAUGACGAACGGCAUCCCAUAUGCCUCUAAUUAA